AUGGGCCAACUAUUAUCUCAUCCAAUUGAAGAAAAGGAAUUGGAUUACAAGUGUUAUACCAACCUUACAUAUUGUAUUGGGUCUAUGCAAGGGUAUAGAAUGACCAUGGAGGAUGCACAUAAUGUCAAGAUCAAUGAAACUGAAAAUUUAGCAGUAUUUGGGGUAUUUGACGGACAUGGUGGUAAAAAUUGCUCACAAUAUUUGGCAGACCAUUUACCUAGAUUGAUAUUUCAAAAAUUAAACAAAUUAGCUACAUCACUUUACAAUAAACAAUUAGACAAUUUAAACCUUCUGCAAGUUUUUUCCACAUUAAAGAAUUCAUUUUUUAGAGUUGAUCAUGAUUUGUCCCAUCAACCAAAUUUGAUGAAUCAGGGUUCUACUGCCAUAGUGGCGACUAUUAUUGAUAAUUAUAUUGUGGUUUCUAAUACAGGAGAUUCGCGAUGCAUUGUGUCCAAGAAUGGAGUGGCAAAGUCGCUAUCAUUUGACCAUAAACCUAGCACAAUGGGAGAAAGAGUAAGAAUUGAGAAUAGUAAUGGAUACAUACUAAAUAAUAGAGUUAAUGAGGUAUUGGCAUUAUCACGAGCAUUUGGUGAUUUCAAAUUCAAGUUACCAUAUCUAUCAAGUUCAAGAAAUAAGUAUAUUCUUGAAAACCAAAAGAAGUUUGGCGAUAAGUUAAUAACAUUGCCACCAGAAUUGUUUCAAGUUACUGUUGAACCGGAUAUCAUGGUUUAUGAUAUGUCAGUUCUUGAGACACCGGAAUUUAUGGUACUUGCUUGUGAUGGUGUGUGGGACUGCUUCAAGAACGAUCAAUUGAUCAAGUUGAUUCGACACAAAUUGAGUUUAGGAUGGAAAUUAAACAAGAUUGUUGAACAUAUAUUGAAUGACAGUUUAACCAUGGCGAAUAAUUACACAGGGAUUGGUUUCGAUAAUAUGACGUUGAUAAUAGUUGCUAUACAUAAGGAAGAUGGUGAAACCAUUGACAAAUGGUAUGAUAAAAUGGCAUCCAAGGUUCUUAAAGAGAAAGGGUUAACCAAAUAG